AUGAACGUGCUGGACGUAGAAGACGACAGCUUGCACGUCACACGUGAAGGCUACUCCCAUCUGAGUGACUCAGAAUGGGAGGUAGUCGGCCGCAUGAGUGUGCUUAUGGGCGAACUCGCCAUCAGUGACGUGUUGAAGUCUCUAAGCAGAGACCAGCAACAUGCUGCUAUCAACAAGUUCCUGAAAGGGGAACUUGCCGUCGAACGACUGAUGAGAGCCUUGCUACAGCAGCAAGGCUCUCAUCAGUCGAUGGGCUGGCCGACGCACAUGCGUCGACCCGAAACCUUGAAGAUUGAUAUCUCAAGAGCCCGUCACAUCGAGGGUGACGAGGUGCAAGUCACCUUCGCCCUGUCAAAUUUGACGGGACGAGCAAAGACUUGGGCCUUAGGGCUCAAUCUGUACGACCCAAACGUGUUUGAGUCGCUGGAGACCUUGAAGGCUCGGCAUAAAGAGACGUUUGAGCCGCCGAGAGCCGAGUGCAGAGCACGCUCUGCACUCUUGAGGCUCAAGCAAGGUAAGCGUGACGUGCACGCUUACGCACAGCACCCGCUCUACCUUGCGAGUAGCGUCACGGAGAACCCUGUUGAUGAGCACACGCUCAUCAACGUGUUCAUCUACGGCCUUGUGGAUGGGCCGGUGAAGACCUACACGUUCCGAGAAUACUUCUGUACGCUGGAAAGGGCGAUAGCGUAUACGGAACAAGAAGACAUCAGCCUGCGUGCCCCUCGUCCAGUGUCUCGCGACACUGGGCGUAGUGACCGUCCACCCAUGAGAAAGGGGCAGGGACGAGGGUCCGCAGUUGGUGCAAAGACGCAACAACGGGAUGGACCGUCAAAAAACGGACAGGAUCAGUAG